AGAGCAGUGGCAGCAGUACACUUUCACACAAAAAGUAGAAAUUCCAGCCGGUUCUAUUUUUAACAAUACUUGAAAAAAUCACACCCUGAUUCUUGAAAUCACAGACGUAGUUUAUCCUUUAUAUUUUAUUGAAUCUUAUAUGAAGGGAUUUCGUCCAAUUUAGUAUUUAAGCACCCCUUUUGUAAGUGCAACGCGCGACAAACUGAGUCUGAAGAAGCGUGCGACUGACGGGUAUUCAUCAUUCAUUCAAUCAAGCCAUUUAUUUAGUUUGCUUGCUUGGACCUCUGGGAUUAAGAAGGAAAAUGACGGAUUCACAGUUUCUCAUCCCAAACACUGUACCAAUUGUAAAUCUUGAUUGCAAGUCGGCGUUUGCAAACCUUACUGAAAAGGAGAAGAAAUAUGCACAUUAUCUCUCCAGAGCGUCGUGGAACGGUGGUUUGAUAUGUCUUCUACAGUGUUCGCCCGAGUCUCCAGUCAUAUUCGUCCUUCUGCAGAAGUUGUUCAGGGCUCAACCUGUUAAAGAAUUUGAAGAAGCUGCUUUGAAGUCUGAAGUGUCCCUAGAUGAUUGGCAGUCUUUCCUAACAUACGCUGCUGCCUUCUAUGGUAACCUUGGCAACUACAAGUCAUUCGGUGACACAAAGUUUUUACCAAAUCUACCAAAGGAAACAUUUAAGAAAAUUGUAUGGACAAGCGCUGCAUAUGCAAAGGAUGCAACUGGUGUGGAAAAGCUUUGGAAUGUUUGCGGGGAUGCCAUGUAUUCCCUAGAGAAUAAGGAAAAACAAUUUGGACUUGGAGAUAAAGGUAUUACAACAUACUUCUCAAGAAACUGCACCAUGGAGGAUGCUGAGCUGGCCCAGAAGUUUAUGGGCGAAAAGAACAUAAGCCCAUAUAACACUCGCUUAUUUAAGACCAUUGGAGACGACAAGAAAGCAAGCUAUGAAGUCAGACUGGCAUCUGCUGAGGUUGCAAGUGAAGGAAAUCCAUUUGGGAAUUUUGAAUUCAAUGGCGUUAAUUUUGCUGUGACCCAAGGUGAUUACGCACCUCUGAUGGCAAAAGUCGCAGACAGUUUAUCAAAGGCAAAGGAAUAUGCAGCUAAUGAGCAUCAGGUUAAAAUGUUGGAAGGCUAUGUCAAUAGUUUCACAACCGGCUCAAUAGAUGCUCACAAAGACGCCUCAAGAAACUGGAUAAAAGACAAGGGACCAAUAGUAGAAAACUACAUUGGGUUCAUCGAAAGCUACCGUGAUCCCUAUGGAGUGAGGGGCGAAUGGGAAGGUCUUGUGUCAAUGGUCAACAAGGAGAUGAGUGCCAAGUUUUCAAAUUUAGUGGACCGAUCAGAGACUUUGCUUCCUCUACUACCAUGGACCAAAGACUAUGAAAAGAACCAGUUCUUGAAACCCGAUUUCACCUCUUUGGAAGUUUUAUCCUUUGCUUCGAGUGGAAUUCCCGCAGGCAUCAACAUACCGAACUAUGAUGAUAUUCGACAAAAUGAUGGUUUCAAGAAUGUAUCACUAGGCAACGUGUUAUCAGCGCAUAGCAAAGGAGAUAAAAUUACUUUCCUUAAUGAGUCGGAUAAGAAACUAUUUGCUAAACUCAAGUCUCCAGCAUUUGAAGUCCAGGUUGGUCUUCAUGAGCUCCUAGGUCAUGGAAGCGGCAAGCUGUUUAUAAAAAAUAAGGAUGGCUCCUUCAACUAUGACCCAGAGGUCAAGAAUCUUAUCACUGGAGAAAAGAUUGCUACAUGGUACCAGGAGGGGGAGACAUGGGACAGUAAAUUCUCAACCAUGGCGUCCACAUAUGAAGAGUGCAGAGCUGAAUGUGUUGGGUUAUACCUUUGUCUUAAUAGGGAUAUACUCAAGAUAUUUGGACAUGAAGGCGAGGGCGCUGAUGACAUUUUGUACAUCAAUUGGUUGAAUAUGGUACGAGCUGGCCUCUUGGGUUUGGAGUUCUACACACCAGAAACUGAUUCUUGGAGACAGGCCCACAUGCAAGCUCGUUAUGUGAUUUUGCGUGUUCUACUGGAAGCAGGUCAGGGACUAGUGACCGUCACCUGGACAACUGGGGACGACGGGCAACCAGAUGCAAUUAUCACGCUAGAUCGCAGUAAGAUCGAAACAGUUGGCAAGGAGGCAAUUGGAACUUUCCUUAGAAAUCUUCAGGUUUACAAGUCUACUGCAGACUUAGCAGGUGCCAAGGCAUUUUAUGGACGGUACUCAGCUGUCAACGAUGACACUGCUGAGAAGUUUUACAGCUUACGUACUGUGGUGUUGUCAAGGAAACAGCCACGUAGGAUGUUCGUACAGGUCAACACCAAAUUGAGUGAAGGUGAUUCAGUUGAGCUCUGCGUGUAUGAAGCAUCAGCGGAGGGCUUGAUAAAUUCAUUCAUCCAACGAUUCACUGCGGAUUACGAAGAUACCGUGUACGAACUGUGGCAGAAGGAUAAACCAUUUUUCUAAGUGGCCUUAGGUCACCUGACAGAUGACGAAUGUUCCAGGAACUAUUCCUGGUGCAUUAGGUUUCAAUUGUAAUAACAAACGUAAUAGAAUUAAUUAAAAAUGAUGAUGAUAUUAAUAUAAUAUUAUAAUUAUAUUAAUAUUGUUAUUACAGCAAUAUCGUCCCUAUUUUUUAUAUUUAAAACAGGUUUUCGUUACAAGUGUCUAAACUAUAAAACAAAUAAUCACAACUGAAAUAAAUAACAUAUAAUACAAAACAUCACAAUAAACAUGUUCUACAGUAAACAAUUGUUAAUAAUAAUAUUACAAUAAUGAAAAUAGAUUAAUAUUUUUAUUACAGCUGUAUUGUCAUUUUUUAAUCUGAUGUUCCAUUAUAUAAAGAUUUGUGGCACAAAUAUUCACAUUUUUUAUAUCAUGGUUUCAUAAGCACAUUAUGUAUUGAAUCCCACUUGGAGAUACAGUACACACUUUUAUCAGGUACUGGUAUGCAUUGAACCCGAAGCCAUUCAGGUAAAGGGACCUCAGGUACUGGUAUGCAUUGAUCCCGAAGCCAUUCAGAUAAAGGGACCUCAGGUACUGGUAUGCAUUGAUACCGUACCCAUUCAGGUAAUACCUUUGGAUUGCAUGACAACUGUAAUGUCACAUAAUGUCGACAAUGGUGAGUUCUUGUCUAAAUUAUAGGAUGCAGUUUGGCCCAAAAACCUGUAUAUCGGUAAUAGGAAUUUUUAACGGCAAAAUAUGACAAUAAUCAAAGUUGUCAAACUUAGUUGAGAAUGUGUUCACGUGCUUUUUUUAGUACUGGAUUAUAUUAAGAAUGGGUUUUAGAGCCCUUUCCAUAGCACAGCAUAUCCAUCAAGAGACAGACAUUCUUAAAUGAUUCAUAAGAUUUGAUGAAAUAUUCAUUAAAUACAUCAUAAGGUGUCUGGUA